AGAAAGCCAGUUAUGGCUAUAGAGAUUGAGCAGCCUUCUGUUGGGCUAUCAAAAAUAGCUGUUUCUGAUACUCAUGGAGAAGACUCUCCAUACUUUGCAGGCUGGAAAGCAUAUGAUGAAAACCCAUAUAAUGAAUCAAGCAAUCCGUCUGGAGUUAUACAGAUGGGACUUGCAGAGAAUCAAGUUUCAUUUGAUCUGUUGGAAAAGUACUUGGAAGAGCAUUCAGAAUCUUCAAACUUGGGAUCAAAAGGAGUGUCAGGCUUUAGAGAGAAUGCUUUGUUUCAAGAUUACCAUGGACUUUUGUCUUUCAGAAAGGCAAUGGCAAGUUUCAUGGAACAAAUUAGAGGAGGAAGAGCCAAAUUUGACCCUGAUAGGGUAGUCUUAACAGCAGGUGCAACUGCCGCCAAUGAGCUCUUAACUUUCAUUAUAGCUGAUCCUGGUGAUGCUUUGCUUGUUCCAACCCCAUACUAUCCAGGAUUUGAUAGAGAUUUAAGGUGGAGGACUGGGGUGAACAUUGUGCCAAUCCACACUGAUAGCUCAAACAACUUUCAGGUUACUCCUCAAGCUUUAGAAGCUGCAUACAAAGAAGCAGAAGCCAAGAACAUGAGAGUGAGAGGGAUACUAAUCACAAAUCCUUCAAACCCAUUAGGUGCAACAAUCCAAAGACAAGUCCUUGAACAGAUUCUUGAUUUUGUCACCCGAAAAAACAUCCAUCUUGUCUCCGAUGAAAUCUACUCAGGAUCCGCCUUCUCAUCCUCCGAAUUCAUAAGCGUUGCAGAGAUUCUUGAAUCCCAGCAGCACAAGAACUCAGAAAGAGUUCACAUAGUUUAUAGCCUUUCCAAAGACCUUGGCCUUCCGGGCUUUAGAGUUGGCACCGUGUACUCAUACAACGACAAGGUUGUAACAACAGCAAGAAGGAUGUCAAGCUUCACCUUAAUAUCUUCUCAAACACAACAUCUCUUAGCUUCCAUGUUGUCUGACAAGGAAUUCACUGAAAACUACAUAAAGACAAACAGAGAGAGACUGAGGAAGCGAUACGAUCUGAUCAUUGAAGGAUUAAAGAAAGCCGGGAUUGAGUGUUUGAAAGGAAAUGCUGGGUUGUUUUGCUGGAUGAAUUUAAGUCCAUUUUUGGAUGAACCAACAAGAGAAGGUGAGCUGACUCUUUGGAAUUCUAUAAUGCAUGAAGUGAAGCUAAACAUUUCUCCAGGUUCGUCCUGUCAAUGCUCUGAACCAGGUUGGUUUAGGGUGUGCUUUGCUAACAUGAGUGAGCAAACACUUGAAGUUGCAUUGACAAGAAUACAUAAUUUCAUGGAGAAAAAAGAGAGAGCUAGCUAGAAAUCUGUUUUCCUCUCUUUUUAUCUUCCUUUUUUUUAGUGAUCCUCCCUAUUUUUGAUUCUUAAGAGGAUUGUCUUCUUACAUAUAUAGUAUUGUAGAUGUGAUUGAAUUGUAACAACCAUCUCUCUUGUUUUCUUGCUUGAAAAAGCAAGUUUCUCACAAAUUCAUUUUGUAUAAUUGAUGGA